AAAAGAAUUCUUAAUUUUCGAGAGUACCGACUAUUUCUCGCAAAGCUCAUUUGCAGAUUAGCUCAUAAAAAUGGAGUUCAGAGGGUUAGCGCAUUUGCAGAUUAGCUGGAAAACAAAUUUAUUGCUACAAAUGGAAGACUAGAAAGCUAAAGCCAAAGGUAGUAUUACAUAUAUACUCAAAGCAAAAAUCCUGACAACAAUUGGAAUGAGAUGAGCACAAAGUCUGGAUACUGCAUCUUUAUACUCCAAGUAUGGGCAGUAUCACUGAGCAUAGAACUUCUAUUCACAACAUUAGACCUUGCAGUAUCACUGAGUAUAGUAAAUGAGCUCAAAUCAAGAUGUUACUUUAGCUGGGAUUUAAGGCUUCUUGAAUCAAGCCCGGUAUAAAGCUUUCACUUUGCUUCAGGAACUGCAAUCAAAUGGAGCCUGACAGGUUAAAUUCUCCAAGUACUUUUUCAAUGACUCUCGAGAUUUUAGGCCAUGAAUUGCAAUUUUCUCAGGAUCCCAAUUCCAAGCAUUUAGGAACUACAGUUUGGGAUGCAUCACUUGUGUUUGUCAAAUUUCUGGAGAAAAAUUGUAGAAAGGGAAGAUUUUGCCAAUCUAAACUGAAAGGAAAACGUGUUAUUGAACUAGGAGCAGGUUGUGGAGUAGCUGGCUUUGGCAUGGCUUUACUGGGAUGUGAUGUAGUGGCAACGGACCAAACUGAAGUUUUGCCAUUGCUGAUGAGGAAUGUUGAACGUAAUACUUCAAGGAUCUUGCAGAUGAAUCCUGGUUCUGAUUCAUUUGGUUCGAUUAAGGUUGAAGAGUUAGACUGGGGAAACAAGGAUCAUAUUAUGGCUGUUGGUCCACCGUUUGACUAUAUCAUUGGCACUGACGUUGUUUAUGCAGAGCACCUAUUGGAACCGCUAUUGCAAACAAUAUCUGCAUUAUCAGGACCUAAAACUACACUAUUGCUGGGUUAUGAGAUCCGUUCUAUGAGUGUCCAUGAGCAAAUGCUUCAGAUGUGGAAAAGAAACUUUAAUGUGAAAAUUGUUCCACAAGCUAAGAUGGACCAGACAUUCCAACAUCCAAGUAUUCAAAUAUUCAUUAUGGGAUUAAAGCCUCCAGAAGGGAAUAUAGUGAACGCGGAUCAGGGGAGUGAUCGGAAAAGUGACGAGAUUGAAAUAAGUAAGAAGGGUGAGAAUGUUGGGACAAGUAAUGAGGAACAGGUGGCUGAUUCUGUCGGUGUAGCCAAUGAAGACUGCGAGCUAUUGACAAAAUCUCAGAACGAGAAACUUGAUGAUUUUGAAGUUAGAAGAUAUGGCUCGAUGGCUGCUCGACUUCUGCGAGAUGUCAAGAUAGCCUAAAUUUGCAGGGCAGGCCUCUUGUGAUUGUUUUUCUCUGGUAAUGUCAAGAGAGCCUAUAUGGAUGGGACAUAUGUGCAACAAGUUUUCUUUCUGAGCAGCAACCUAGGCAGCUCGAUUCCAAACCCCCAUAUUUUUCACCCUGAGCCAAGCUUCCUGUUUUGUGAGGCACACACUAUUCCAAGCAACCCAACUCCCCCAUGAUUAAGGUUGUUUACUUCCAAAGAAAUGCCCUAAAAACUUGAUCAUCAUGCUUAAUCACUCAUUUAGGGAGUAUGAACAAUAAGGAACAAAACGUUUGGAUGGCAAAUAGAAUUGCAAUUUGCCUUGAUGGGCCAAAAUUUUGGUUGCCCAACUUGUAUCUCUGGCAACAAUCUUUUGCAUCGAGGUCUUACAGUCCAACUUAAACCAAGAAGCAAUCGGAGAACACCCAGGUACUUAAUAGGGAGGGACCCUGUAUUGAAACUAGAGAUUUCCAAAAACUGAUCUAAAAUCCUACAUGUACGAUCGUCAUUUAAUUUUAGAUCUAAUAUUGUUACAUUAAGAAGUGUGCACUUUGAAA